AUGAGGAUUAAUUUAUUUUCCUCUCUCUCUCUCUCUCUCUCUCUCUCUAUCUAUCUAUCUAUCUAUCUAUCUAUCUAUCUGUCACUCAUGUCUAUAUUCUCUCUUAUCAUCAUUUCUCAAUUACUUUUCGUCUUUUGCGUUUUAAAAUUAUUUUUUUUUAUUUCCUUCUUUAUUUUUCAAUUUAUUUCCCGCUCUUUCACUGUUCUUUCUUUUAACUUUCUGUUUUUUUUUUUUUUUGUUUCUUUCAUUUUUUUUUUUCUUUCUUUUUCUUUCUUUCUUUUUACUUUCUUUCUUUCUUUCGUUUUACGUUUUUUUCCUUCUUUCUUUUCAUUUUUCUUUUUUUCUUUUUUUCUUUUUUUUUUUUUUUUUUCUUUCUUUCUAUUUCGUUUUCUUUCUUUCCUUCUUUUUCGUUUUUUUCUUUUCUUUCUUUCUUUCUUUUUUUUUUUCUCUUUUUUUGCUUUCGUUUUUUUUUCUUUCUUUUUUCUUUCUUUCUUUUUCUUUUUUCUUUUCGUUUUUCUUUCUUUUUGCUUUCUUUCUUUUCUUUCUUUUCCUUUCUUUUUCUUUCUUUCUUUUUUUUUUUUUCUUUCUUUCUUUCUUUCUUUUCUUUCUUUCUUUUCUUUUUUUUUUUUUUUCUUUCUUUCUUUCUUACUUUUGUUUUCUUUUCUUUCUUUUUUCUUUCUUUUUACUUUCUUUCUUCUUUUCUUUCUUUUCUUUUUUCUUUUUCUUCUUUCUUUCUUUCUUUCUUUCUUUUUUUCUUUCUUUCUUUCUUUCUUUUUUUUCUUUUCUUUCUUACUUUCGUUUUUCUUUCUUUCUUUCCGAAACUUUCUUUCUUCAUUCUUUUUUUUUCAUUCGCAUUUUUUCUUACUAACCUUUCUUUCUUUUUUUCUUUCUUUCUUCUUUUCAACAAGAAACUCACCAUUUUGCUGUUUUUCUCUUUCAACUUGA